GCUACUUUAGUCCCCCGUCUGUGCGAAUUGGUAACGCUGCGGAGGUGCUCGGUAAACAAACGCCUUCCCUCUGUGCUCUCGAGGCGCCAGGACUCUGCUCAGCCUCUGCAGGGGGGCGUGCGGCACCCUCAGGGACAGGCUCACGGCGGCACGCGACCACCAGGCCAAGCCCCAUGAGGAAGCAUGAACACCAGCCACAGACAGAACAGCACACAUUCCACUCGGAAGAAGGUGCAGAUAUCCUUCGUGAUCCGCGAUGAGGUGGAGAAGCACCACCGAUCAUCCGUCAACUCCCUGCAGUAUGACCCACACCUGCAGCGCCUCUACUCCGCUGGCCGCGAUUCCAUCAUCCGGAUAUGGAACUGCAAGAACCAGCGCGAGCCAUACCUUCAGUCCAUGGAACACCACACCGACUGGGUCAACGAUAUCGUACUGUGCUGCGGCGGCAAGAACUUGAUAUCAGCGAGUGCAGACACCACAGUCAAAGUAUGGAAUGCCCACAAGGGUUUUUGUAUGUCCACGCUGAGGACACACAAGGACUAUGUGCGUGCCUUAGCCUACGCCAAGGACCGGGAGCAGGUAGCCUCGGCAGGGCUGGACAAGGCCAUCUUCCUGUGGGAUGUCAAGACGCUCACCGAACUCACCGCCAGCAAUAACACCGUCACCACGUCGUCCCUGAAUGGCAACAAGGACUCCAUCUACAGCCUGGCCAUGAACCCUCCUGGCACUGUCAUCGUUAGCGGCAGCACUGAGAAGCAGCUCAGGAUCUGGGACCCUCGCACCGGCAACAAGCUUAUGAAGCUCAAGGGCCACACAGACAAUGUAAAGGCUCUACUCGUCAACCGGGACGGUACACAGGUGAUCUCUGGGAGCUCUGACGGCACCAUCAAGCUGUGGUCGCUGGGCCAGCAGUGCUGCACCAAGACCAUCAUGCUGCACGAGGAAGGGGUCUGGGCCCUGCAGGCCAACGAGAGCUUCACCACCAUAUACUCUGGUGGCCGGGACAAGCUGAUCUACAAGUGUGAGACACGGGCGCCAGACAAAGGUGUGCUGCUGUGCCAGGAGUCGGCGCCGGUCCUCAAGAUGCUGCUCACCCCGGACAACUCAGGUCUCUUUGUGGCCACCACUAAUUCUGCCAUCAAGUGCUGGCCAUUGAACAACAGGCUGUCCCACGUAGACGAUUACUGUGAGAACGAGGAGCCCCGUGAGCUGCGGCCGGUGAUGACGCAGCCAGACUGGACCAUCAAGGGCGGCUCGGCCAUCAAGAACUACGCUAUCCUCAACGACAAGCGCCACGUCCUGACCCGCGACACCGAGGAAAACGUGGUCUUGUGGGACAUCCUCAAGGCAGUCAAAGUGGAGGACCUGGGCAAGGUGGACUUUGAUGCAGAGAAGCAGAAGAGAAAUAAACCCAUCUUUGUGCCUAGCUGGUUCACGGUGGACCUCAAGACAGGGAUGCUGACCAUCCACUUGGCUGAGAAGAGGGAUGAGGUGGACUGCUUGUCAGCCUGGGUGUCAGCCAAGGAGGCAGGCUUCCCCACUCAGGAUGGCCUGGACGUCAAGUUGAAUUAUGGAGAGCUGCUGCUGAAGGCACUGUUUGAGCACUGGCCACGCACAAUAUCAUACGAGGAGAACAAAGGGGGGGAGGGGGCUGAGGGAGGCACCGUGGCCAACCAGAAUGGCUUCACCCCCAAGUCCGGGAAUGACUACUUCUCCAUUCCACCACACACACCCGUCAUCAUCAGUGAGAUCCAGGGCCGCACACUGUACCGGCUGCUGUGUGGCGAUGCGGGGGGCGACGCAGAGGGGGUGCUGCUCAAGGAGAUGGUGCCGCUCUGGGUCCUGGACAUCGUGGUGGAGAAGACAUCACCCAAGCCCAAGAACAAGGUCUACUUCUUCCUCCUGCCGCACGCCUCCUCUGGGAUCAAGCGCGAGAAGAAGGACCGGCUGAGUGCAAAUGACUUCAUCCAGAUCCGCAAGGUUCAGGAGCACGUGUACGAGAAGGUGUUGGGCGGCGGCAGUGACGCCGGAUCGACGAACAAUAACAAUGAUAAUGCUGAGACCACAUCCCUAGCGGAGGAGCACGUCCAGCUCAUCUGCAAUGAUAAGGUGCUGGACCCGAGCAUGGACCUGAGGACGGUCCAGCACUUUAUCUGGGGCAACACCUCCCAAGACAUAGUGUUAUUCUACCGACCCCUGAAGUGAGGGCGCCGCCACCACCGCUGCAUGGGGCUGACCCUCACUCCGGUGAAAACAUGUUAUAUAUAUAUCUAGACUUACUACCGACAAUUAUAAUUAUAAUAAUAACAA